UCCAAACUGUUGUGGAGCUGCUCUCAUGUUUUUAGAAGGGUUCCCCCCCACCUCCCUUUCUCGACUUAAUCUGCGUAAUUCCCGCAGCCUCUCGGCGGGAGCUCCGGCGGGUCUUGCGGAGCGGACCCCGCCCUGCUCACGGGUUUCUCUCUGGUCUUCACUUCUCGGUGGCAGCAAUCAGAACCGCUGCUUUUACUGAGGUCUGGGGCGCCGACCGUUCAAUAGUUCGCCGCCGAUCUCGAGUAUCUCGGAUCUGAUUUUAGGAGAGGGAAAAACAAAUGCAGGCACGGAACUUGAAGGUAUCCGUCACGAAAGUAGCUGCCUCAUACUGUACUCUUGACUCUGAACAUGAGAAUUGAUCCUACCUUUUCUACUGUAUAAUCCAGUAAGAAAAAUCAACAAAGUGAGUAAAAGGGGUCCAUAUGAGUGAACUUGCCUCUAGUUUCCCAACAACAUUCUAAACUGCUUGAGGAACAGACAUGAGUGGCUCCAAGCCUGAUAUUCUGUGGGCUCCACACCAUGUUGAUAGAUUUGUUUUAUGUGACUCGGAACUCAGUCUCUAUCGUAUUGAAUCUGCAGUAAGUUCAGAACUCAAAGCAGGAUCACUGCGUUUAUCUGAAGAAACGGCAGCUACUCUUUUGUCCAUUAAUUCAGAGACUCCAUAUUUGAAAUGUGUGGCUUGGUAUCCAAAAUAUGAUCCUGAAUGUCUAUUGGCAGUUGGGCAAGCUAAUGGUCGAGUUGUCUUGACUAGCCUUGGCCAAGACCACAAUUCAAAAUGCAAAGAUUUGAUAGGAAAAGAAUUCGUUCCAAAGCAUGCUCGGCAGUGUAACACCUUGGCAUGGAAUCCAUUGGAUAGUAACUGGCUUGCUGCUGGCUUGGAUAAACAUCGAGCUGAUUUUUCAGUAUUGAUCUGGGAUAUAAGUAGUAAAUACACUCCAGAAAUUUCAAUUGCCACUGAGAAAUUAAGGCUUUCAAGUGAUAUUGAAUCAGGAUUGGUCGUAACAAAAUCACUUUAUGAAUUAGGUCAGAAUGAUGCUUGUCUUUCUCUUUGUUGGCUUCCACGAGAUCAGAAACUUCUUUUAGCUGGAAUGCACCGAAACUUGGCUAUUUUUGACCUUAGAAACACAAGCCAAAAAAUGUUUGUGAAUACCAAAGCUGUUCAGGGUGUUACUGUUGAUCCAUACUUCCAUGAUCGUGUGGCUUCCUUUUAUGAAGGUCAGGUUGCCAUAUGGGACCUUAGAAAAUUUGAGAAACCUGUACUAACGCUGACAGAACAACCAAAACCUUUAAUAAAAGCAGCAUGGUGUCCUACAAGAACUGGUUUAUUAGCUACUUUAACCAGAGAUAGUAAUGUCAUCAAGCUCUAUGAUAUGCAACAUACGCCCACUCCAAUAGGGGAUGAAACAGAACCUACAAUCAUUGAAAGAAGUGUUCAACCUUGUGAACACUAUAUCGCUUCCUUUGCAUGGCAUCCCUCAAGUCAAAAUCGAAUGGUUGUUGUGGCUUCUAACAGGACUAUGUCAGAUUUCACUGUGUUUGAAAGAAUCUCUCUGGCAUGGAGUCCAGUUACUUCUUUAAUGUGGGCUUGUGGAAGACAUUUGUAUGAAUGCACAGAAGAAACGAGAUCUUUUGAAAAAGACAUAGCUACCAAAAUGCGCCUCCGGGCUUUAUCCAGAUAUGGUCUAGAUACAGAACAGGUCUGGAGAAACCAUAUUCUUGCAGGAAGUGAAGAUGUGCAACUGAAAUCACUUUGGUACACUCUACACUUUAUGAAGCAAUAUGCUGACGAUAUGGAUCAGAAAUUCACAGGAAACAAAGGAUCCUUGGUUUAUGCAGGCAUCAAAUCUAUAGUGAAAACUUCUAUGGGAACAACAGAGAACUUGAGGCACAGCCGAAGUGGAUCUGACAGACAUGCAGAUAUUAUUCAGUAUACAAGUGAAGAAAGAUCAUUGGCUUUGCAGCUUUGUGGAUGGGUAAAGAAGGGGACAGAUCUGGAUGUGGAACCCUUUCUAUGCUCUUUGGAGCAAGAAGGAGACUGGGAACGAGCUGCUGCUGUAGCAUUAUUCAAUUUGGACAUCCGACGAGCAAUACAGAUAAUGAACAAAGGAGCAUCUUCUGGCAAAGGUGAUCUAAAUCUUAAUGUCGUGGCUAUGGCAUUGUCAGGCUAUACAGAUGAAAAGAAUUCCUUGUGGAGAGAAAUGUGCAGCACUCUUAGGCUACAGCUGAACAAUCCUUACUUAUGUGCCAUGUUUGCUUUCUUGACCAGUGAAUCAGGCUGCUAUGAUGGGGUUUUGAAUGAAAGUAAUGUAGCUGUACGAGACAGAGUGGCGUUUGCUUGUAAAUUCUUAACUGAUAUACAGCUAAACAGAUUCGUUGAAAAACUAACAAAUGAAAUGAAAGAGGCUGGAAAUCUUGAAGGAAUUUUACUGACGGGACUCACAAAUGAUGGAGUUGAUCUGAUGGAAAGCUAUGUGGAUAGAACAGGUGAUGUUCAGACAGCAAGCUACUGUAUGCUGCAGGGUUCUCCCUCUGACGUGCUCAAAGAUGAGCGUGUUCAAUAUUGGAUUGAGAGUUACCGGAAUCUGUUGGAUGCAUGGAGAUUUUGGCAUAAACGAGCCGAAUUUGACAUCCAUCGAAGUAAAGUGGACCCCAGCUCAAAACCUUUAGCACAGGUAUUUGUAAGUUGCAACUUUUGUGGAAAAUCAAUCUCUUAUAGCUGCUCAACUAUACCACAUCAAGGCCGAGGUUUCAGUCAGUAUGGUGUAAGUGGAUCACCAACCAAAUCAAAAGUCACAAGUUGUCCUGGUUGCCGCAAACCUCUUCCUCGCUGUGCUCUUUGUCUGAUAAAUAUGGGCACUCCAGUUUCCUGCUGCCCAGGAGGAUCCAAGUCAGAUGAAAAAGUGGAUCUCAGCAAGGACAAGAAAUUAGCUCAGUUCAACAACUGGUUUACUUGGUGUCACAACUGUAGGCAUGGUGGUCAUGCUGGACAUAUGCUCAGCUGGUUCAGAGAUCAUAAUGAAUGCCCUGUUUCUGCAUGUUCCUGUAAGUGUAUGCAGUUGGAUACAACAGGAAAUCUCAUCCCAGCAGAGGUGGUUCAGCCAUAAAGUAGAGCUUUUCUAAGAAUUUUCACAUCUCUAAUACGUGUGCUUCACAGUCCAAACACAUACCUCAGAGCAAGUUAUUCAUGACUUGCUUAUAAUAGAAAUAUAAAUCAUUUUUUCAUAUCAGCAAUUUGUGCAGAUGGUUUUUGAUGUGUUUUGCAUAACAGAGUUCUUCUGGACUGAGUUUUUCAAACAUGUCAUGUGGGUUUUAUUCAGUGAUUUGUGAAGCAAUUCUUUUCAGACGGUUCAUUGAAAUGCAGAGGAAGACUUACACUAUCUGCACCUUGAGACUUCCAUCUAAGAAAAAGUACCAUUGAACACUUUUUUUAAUGAAUUUUAUAAACUUCCAGAAAACAGUUCAUUGGGAGGCAAAUAAAUGUGUUUUAGAUGUAUUUCUAUUUCUAUUAGUAUUUUUUCUUUUAUCAGAGAAAGUUUCUAUAUUUUAUUUGCUCACAGUACAGUACAGUUAGCUACAAUCCUGUGACAAUCUUUUGAUUAGUUUUUACUUAGUUUGAAUAAAUAGUAACGCUAAAUUUCAGUUAGUGCGAAUUGGUAUAUUCAUCUGAAUAUUGCUGAGUUAGGACACUCAUUUCUAUCACGUAAUUUUAUUGAAGAACAAUCUGAAAAAAUAGCUUUAAUCACUGAUAUAGGUGCCACUUGUCAUUUUACCACAUUGACUUUUGCGCCAAAUAUUUCACUCCAAGUGUUUCUCCAUUGAUUAGAAUCUGUUUAACAUACAAUAGAAGCUUUCAUGCUUCCAACAAAAAAACAUUAAAUUGUUUGGAAUAGCAAGUGUAUUCAGUUUAUGGUCUUGCUGACAUUGUACAUUCAGCAUUCUAGGAUCAAGAAGGGAAGGAAAAUGCCAUCCUGCAUGCAUGGAAAUUCAUUUGGAUAACAUUUGGUACAGCCUGGCAUACUUAUUAGUCUAGUCUACAUAUUUUCUGUCAAUUACUAAUAUAACAAGCAUGCUAUUCAAAAUUUCAGUAGAUAAUUAGAACCCCUCUACUUUCAGUGCAAUUUAGUAACUGCUUUAUAUAACACUUCACUCACUAAUUCUCAAUUUUAUAUUUUGUAUUGUGCAAGUUAGGAUUUAAGAAUCAUGCAAUAUUUUAAUUCAUUGCUUCUUUUGUUUCUUGAAAAAAUCUUUUUGUAUGAAAAAUAUUCUAAAGAAACCU